CCCAAAUAUCUGGCCCGCCGCUCCCGUCCUACUCUUACCGGACCUCGACGCGCUUGACCACCAAUCGGACUCCAGAUACUCCUGUGCUUGGACAAAGAUCCCCCCCGUCAGCACAGUCCGACAAACACCAACAGGCCCCCGUGCGCUGUCAGCCUCUCUUCCCCCCUACUUCACACAGCGUACCCAACUGCCCGCGUGAAUACAUAGAUAAUCUGGCCACUCCCCCAGCCCUCCACGUCCACCACAUUCACCAUGGAGCACACACCGCCGCCUUCCCUCACAAGGUCUCCGUCGUCCCCGGCCAACACAUACUGCCCCUCGGAGAGGUCCUCGCUUGACUACCCCUCGCCGAGCCUGGUAGAGCAGCAAUACAAGAUCACCUCGAUAUAUGGUGACCAGGCUUGCGUGACGCCGCCAAUGGACCAAGAGCUCUCCCUGCCGCCGCUCGAUCAGAUGGCCCACCAGGACUGGAACGUCCAUCCGGUGUCCUCGGCGUCCGGCAUGCCCAGCAUACUGUCGGGAGACUACGACACCUUUGGCAGCUACCCGUACAGCCACGAUGUCUAUCACGCGCACCCCGCAAGCCACCCGCCCUCCAUCCACGCCUCGACGCCUCCGCCCACUGCCGGCGGCCCGCGGUCUCCAGCGGCGCCGCUGAGGACGCCGUACACACCGGCAACCUCGGUUCCCGGUCCGAUGACGCCGCGCGUCAAGAUGGAAGGGCCGUCGGACUACGGCCAGAACACGGAGGCGUCGCACUACCCUUCGCCGCGGUCGGUCCACACGUCCUUCCCGUCGGACAGCGGGCCGUACACCAGCAGCACCUCGACCGGCUACCUGUCGGACAGUGGGUCGGCGACAUGGCACAAGCCCGAGUACCAGGCCGUCGAGGCCGAGCACUUCUACCCUGGGCCGCCGCCGCCGCCGCCGCCGCAGCCGCCCGCCUUCCUGCACGACGCCAGGAGGCAGUACCGUGUGACGCGGCCGCGGAGGGCGCCGCGCCGGCUGACGACCAAGGAGGAGGCCAACUUCCAAUGCGAAGUCAAGGGGUGCGGUAAGCUGUUCAGCCGCAGCUACAACUUCAAGGCGCACAUGGAGACGCACGACGAGAAGCGCGAGUAUCCAUUCCCGUGCCAGGUGCCCGACUGCAACAAGAAGUUUGUGCGCAAGACGGAUCUCCAGCGCCACCACCAGAGCGUGCACUUGAGGGAGCGCACCCACAAGUGCGACUACUGCGGCCGCAUGUUCGCGCGCAAGGACACCCUGCGGAGGCACAUGGAAGAUGGCUGCUCCAAGCGGUUUGACAUUGGCACACUCGAUCUCCGCGCCGAGGCCUACGAUAGCAUGCAUCCCAGUGCCCGCUCCAUGGCCCCCAUGGGACACCACAUGAUCCCGCCACCGGGUGGCCUGCCGCCCAUUGGCAUCCCGCCUCUCUGCAGCUCCGGGAUGCUCGGCUCCCUGCCGCCCUCCAUGCGGCCCAGGGAGCCCUUGGCGGCCGCUGACUCCCAAGGCCACAACUGGGGGAGGUGAUGGCACCGCACACAUCCUUUCUAUUGCGGCAUUUCUUUCUGUGGACAUAUUUCAUACGUUUGGGAUGGGACUCGGGAAGAUACCAGGGAAGGCUUCAAGCGUACGGCACAUGGGUACCUUGGGUAACGGAAGGAUGGGAUUUCUGCUCUUAACGCCGUGUACGAAUACAUGUAUGGUUUACGGGUGGCGUAUCUGGGCGGGCGAGGCGGUGUUUGGACGAUGGUAUAUU